AUGUCUGCUCGUACGUUCUUGACUUCAGGUAAAAAGAUUGUAGCUAUUGGCAGAAACUUUAGUGAACACGCCAAAGAGCUCGGCAAUGCAGUUCCUAAAUCGCCAUUCUUCUUUCUGAAGCCCACUUCUUCCUACCUGGCUAAUGGUGGCACCAUCGAGAUUCCUAGUGGCUGUGAUGUGCAUCAUGAAAUUGAAUUGGCUGUGGUCAUGGGCAGAGAGACUCGCGAUUGUCCUGCUUCCAAGGUGAUGGACCACGUUGCAGGUUACGCUUUGGCUAUUGAUUGUACUGCCAGAAAUCUCCAGAGUGAUGCCAAAAAGAAGGGUUUGCCUUGGAGCGCUUCGAAGGGAUUCGACACAUUUUCACCCAUCAGUGAGUUUAUCCCCAAAGACAGCUUUACUGACACUGCUGAUAUCGAUCUCUGGCUCAAAGUAAACGACACAUUCCGUCAACAAGGAAACACAAAGGAUAUGAUCUUCAACGUUCCCUUCUUGAUUGAGUACAUUUCAUCCAUCAUGAAACUUGAGGUUGGCGAUGUUAUCUUGACAGGUACACCUUCUGGCGUUGGUCCAAUCAAGGCAGGCGAUGUUAUUACUGCAGGCAUGAAGCCUGGAAAGGCAGACAAGGAUAUUGUGUCGUUAAAGUUUAAUGUUGCUGAUAGACACGGCCUUUUCAAAGCUUGA